CUUGACGAUUGGCCGCGCAGUUUGCAGUUUCACAUCGAAUUAACAUUUAUUUCUGCACUUUUGAAAAAGAAAUGGUGAUUUUAAACUUCUUUAUUGUUGAACCAAACCUUAAAGUCAAAGUUCAAUAACAGAACAGUGUAGAACGGUCUAUUUUGUUGGUAAUUGUUAUCGAUUCCUGAACAGAAGCACAAACAACAUGACGGAGCCGAGCUCAGAAACUACUAAAGUGCCCGACUUUAGUUCAACAGAUCCAGUUAUUUCUCCAGAAGCAGAUGUUCUUACGGACACAUCCGAAGAAGCGUCGGCUGGAGAAUACUGCCGGGACUUCCGGUAUAGACAUCGUUCAUCAGAUAGUUCGGACAAUGACGAAGAUGACGACGAGGACGAUGAAGAGGAUCCUUAUUGCGAGUUAUUCAUGAAUGCUUAUCGCUCUGCUCCUGCAUCUUCCGACGAGGGCGACGAAGAGCAAUGCACAAACGAAAAUAUUAACCUCCCGGAAGCCAAGCCACUGUCGCUAAUGGAGGACUGGGAUCUGUGGGACUACAUGAACGAGAGCGAGCUAAAGGAGCGCUUGAAAGACCACCCGAGACUAUUCGAAGAAAUAACGCGCAAACGGAAACGGAAGCUAGCAGACGAAGAGGAAGAUGCCGGAAAUGCCGACGAGGAUCUCAGUGAUAUGAUGAAUAGAUUUGUCAAGUACAUUCGUGCAGAUCCUACCAAUGUGACUGGUUAAUCAUUUAAAGGUAAGAAAAGCCAAGAUCUCUGGAUGCGCUCUGGAUAGAAGAAAUGAUCUGCGAUAGUGUAAUUGACCCCGCGAUGUGAUUACUGCACGAUUACUUUUGAGAAUGUGAUAAACCAUAAAGAGAAAUACAUAUGAACUUCAACUUCAAAGAAAGAAGUAAUACGUUAUUUCA